UGGAAGGGACCUUUACCCAAGGUAUGUUUGCCGAAGCUCACUGUGUUUGAUCUGAUCCGACCGGAUGCGUGGGUUACGGUUAAGAGGAAGAAAGGACGGAGGUUGUUGUCCCGGAAUGUGCGUCCGCCGGCGCCGGCCAUGGAGGCCACGGCGACCGAGAUUCGAUCGACGAGGGCGACCGCGCUCGCUCAGCUGCUUGGUGCGGCCGGGCUGGAUAGGGAGCCUUCGGGCCUCGUUGCCAAUGGGCCGGACAAUAAUGGGUAUGAGGCCCAUUAUGUCUAUCAAGGCCGGUCCGUUGAGUGUUUUCUGCCAUGCACGUCCGAUCCUUCGAUCGUCCCAGCGCAGUCGGUACGUGCCGCUAGGGUUCAUCGCCAGGGGAGUCGUGGUUUCCCGCAGUGUGGAUCGGGCAGGGCGAGGAGGAUCCCGCCGCUGCUAAUGGCUGGACGUGGAGCGGGACCCCCUCCUGCUGCGAGUACCGCGGGGGGGGGGGGGGGCUGGAAGGGCUCGACCGCCGCCGCCCCAUGCGUCGGGACGGGGCGCACCGCCGGCCGGACAGCAGCCGCCGGCACUUGCGCCGGGUGCUGCAGGUCGUGGAGGCGCUCUCCAGCCGCGGCAGCAGCUGGGCGCUCCGGGAGUUCGGGCUCCUGAGGCGCAGCCAACGACGGCUGGCCGGGCAGCGCAUAGACCCCCGGUGCCAUCUCAUGCUGCUGGGGUCGGCCGGGGAGGCCCUCGCCCUCCGCCGCCGGCGGCGCCGGCUCCUGGGUCGAUGACGACUGGUAUGGUUAAUACUGGCCGUGGAGCUCCUCGCCCUGCACCGCCGGUGGUGCCGGCUCGUAACGCGUCGGCGGCGGGGAUGGCUGCUCUGAGGGCCGAGACGCCGGGGGCCACGGUGGCUGCCGGUGUCGCUGCUGAUCCGGUGGCGGCAACUACCGGGGGUCAGCGUGCACCCCCGCCACACCUUGCGGUUCGUCAGGCGCAGAAUCGUUCGGGGCAGAAUCAGGUUCAGAGUAAUCAGAGUAAUACCAGUGGGAGACCGACUGAUGCACCUCGAGGCAAGUGGGGUGAUGACGGGUUUGAUGCGUAUGGAGUAGGCCAGCAUCGGGGCUCAUCUUCAGCGGGAGGAGGUCGGGGUUAUGCUUGGCAGAGUGACGGGUCUGCAGAGAGACCGUUCCUGGGGCCGGCUGGAGGCUUCGUUGAGGGGGCCUCAGGACCUGAUAACAGGCACAGAGGAGGUUAUCGCGGAUACCGUGGUCGUGGUGGAGGCCGCGGAAGGUUCCGCCGGCCGCCUCCCCCUAGACAUGUUGACUCUGACGGGGCGGCGAUGGAGACUGAUCAGACACCACAGGAGCUACCUCCCCAGGCGAUGGAGGUGGUGAAUGCACUUGCGGUUGCUGAGGUUCCUGGGAUUGCGAAGGAGGCUGAGGUGGUUCAAGUGGCUGAUUCUGAGAGGGCAUCCAAGUACGCUCGGAAGAAAGAGAGAAUGCUUUGUUACCGGUGCGGAGAGAAGGGGCACUUCAUCGCGGAGUGUGUGGCCCAGCUGUGCGAAUCCUGUGGUAAGCCUGCGCAUGCUUCAGGGGAUUGUCCUUUGCUGAGGGACCAUAUUCCAGCUCUUACUGUAUAUGGUGUGUACUGUGCGGAGCUGAUGUUCUUCGAGUCAGCGGCUGCGAGGGAGAUCCCAGCUGAUACACAGAGCCUUACUUCUGGUUUGGUCAAGGUGACACAGGGAGAUGUCUCCCAGGCUCAGAUUGUGCAGAGACUUCAGGAGUUGGCUCCGGGUGAUUUUCAGUGGGACCUCGUACCCGUUGAGGAUAGAGUAUUCAGAGUGGAGUUUCCUUCGAUUGAGGACUUGCAGCGUUUGUUGAGCUUUGGGAUGUGUAAGGUGCCAGGCACCAAAGGUAUUUUGGAGUUCCACGAGUGGAAGAAAGUUGAGCCUAAGGGGAAGCCUCUUACUCAGGUGUGGCUGCGUUUCUCGGGGGCACCGUCUGAGGCUCUUUCUGAUGUGCGUGUGGUGGCUAGUUUGGGGAUUAUGGUUGGUAAGACGGAGAAAGUGGAUAUGGCGUUCACUAGAGCUCAGGGGGUGGCUCGACUGCGAGUUAGCAUUCUGGAUAUUGAGUAUGUCCCGGACGUCAUCAACUGGACCUAUAGAGGCGAGGUGUUUCCACUUGAUAUUGAGUUUGAGGAUGCAGAGUUGUUUGCUGAGGUUGCUGCUGGCACUGACGUGGAUAUGCACGAUGGGGGUGAUGAUACAGGUGCUCCCAGGGAGCAGGCGGAUGAGGCAGCACAGGAGCCCAAUGGAUCGGGGCCUGCUGCUCAGGAGCCGGAGAACGGAGCCGGGAUGGAGCAGUCCCCGGCUUCGUCUUUGCCUCAUAACUCACUGCGGUUUGGAUCUUUUCUGCCGUCGUCGGCGCCUCCUCGUCUGUGGAGUGAUCGGGUUGACUCUGACGAUGCGUUCGAGCAUUCGCUACCGGUCUUGGACUUUGGGCGGUCACCCCGGCAGUCGGCCAGCUUCAGUGCCCGUGUUGUUCAAGAGGUGGAGCCUCAGGAGUCGCCAGGGCGAUCUAGGUCUUCGGUUUCCUCGCGGAGGGGAGGGGCGUCUGGGCAGGUGGCCACGACUCCCUCUCAUUCUUCUGUUUCACAGCAGGCGGCGCAGGUACCUGUGUCCAGCCGGGGCGACAUAUCUUUGGGGCAGGAGGCCCUGGAGGUCCGUCUCGCGGGAGCCUCGUUGGUGGUGGGGUCGCCGGAGGUGCUAGGCAGGCGUCAGGGGCAGGUGGCCCCUGACCCUCUAGUACCGACGGCGGUCCUGCAGGUGGAGCGCACGGCUGCCACGGCGUCGGCUGGGGGGGUCGGACUAGGGCAGGAGGCCCUGGUGCCAACUCCGUCAGGCAUCUCCACAUCUCCUACGCGGUCCCCCUCUCCCAGACCUACUCCGGGAGCCGCUACUCGGGAGGAGGUGAUCGCGUUCGGAGGGAUCCGAGACCCUGCUUCCGAGGGGAGGCGGACGAGCUCUCGUCUCCAGGACCUUCCGGAGGUUGAUGAUUUGCAGCAGAGGUGCGCUAUGCGGGCGGCCAAGCUGCGUGAUGUGGAGAGCACAACAGGUUAUCUUCCGAGCAACGGCUCUUAUCCGUUCCUGGUCGCUACUCACUCCGACGGAGGCCAGGGAGCUUUUGGUUACUGCUGCUAUCCGAUGGGAGAUGGUAGCUCGGGAUAUAUUCAGCCGGUUUGGAUGGCGGUCGUGUAACAGGAUAGGCAAUUAGUUUACCUGUCUAUUUUGGAGCCAAACGGCUGUGAUGUAUAAGUGCUUUGGCUAGCUUGUGUAUCUAGCCUUCGGGCUCUGUGUGAGCCUUUUCUUA